AUGACCUCUUGUGCCGAUGGUUCCUGUCAAGUCCGAGAUCUCAGUCGCGAGGAGAAACGGCAAGCGUUCAAUCAUAACGUUGACAAAGCCCAAGAGACGUGGAAGGACCUUCGCAAUGAUCUCCUACGCGUUGGGGACGAUUUCUUUGCCCAUGUGACCGACAUGACCCAAGUCGAAGGGUGUCUGCAUGACGGCUGGGAUGAGCUCAUCCAUGCAGCAAAGGUCAUACCACCCGACAGCUCUGAGCAUGACCGACUGGUUACACUCAUCGCCGAUUUACGCGAACUCGGACCAUUCGUCCGAAGAAAGAAAGAAGCCUCACCCGCUGAUGAUGACGGCAACAACGACGAGCCAGCCGUCAUGCCCAACGGUCAGCAACUGUGGACCGACCUACCCUACCUCGCAGAACAACUCCAAACGUUUUGGAUGAACGAAUCCAUGGAACUGCCUGUCGACGAGAGAAGGAGCCUUGCGGUGAUGACUGCCAAGCUAUGCGCCUCGGGCAUCUGCUCCUACGACAUUUCCCCAUGCGCACUCUGGCUCUUCAAGGAGGCCUUGGAGACGGAUCGGCCACUGACUCGCUCGUCGUCGAUGGAUAGCAUGUCCGACGUCGAUGCUGAAAUCCUUCCCAUUGCAGAUCUUCUCCCUGCCUGCGCCGAGUGGCUGCAUUACAGCAACUGCAAGAUUGCACAAUUCUCUGCCAAUAACUGCAACCCCGUGGGCGAUGGCGAACGCCUCCUCUGUCCUGGUCCCCUUGCGGCCGAGGCCAUCGUCCCACAACAUGGCUUCAGUCUCGCGAGAUGGCUUUUCUGGAGACGUCGGCUUGGUGACCUGUAUCUCACUGGCGACGAACAGGUCGCCAAGAUGGCUAGGGUCUGUUUUGAAGCCAUGGCAACGACAGGACGGAGUAUAGGCAUCGAAAUACCCGGCGAGAGGAGGUAUUUAGAAAGAGUUUAUGACGCCUUGGAGAAGGAGGUCACGAACAGGGGCUCCACCGUCUGUGUUGCUGUUGACGAUAUCGAGAUUGACCCUGCAUGGGCAAUCGAGGAUUAG